CCACUUCUUCCUUUUUCUUGCAAUCUUGGUGUUGGUGGCGGUGGUGUCGGCAAAUAUGUUCUCUUGCAUCGGGCUACUCGUUCCGCUGUGGACAGUUGCAUUUGUAGGAUCUGUUUUCACACUCAUGGGAGUCGUUCUUUUUGGAGGUUACCCUCUGCUGAUUGAACAUAUACCGAAGCAGAUCCGGUGGAUUCAUCACCUUUCCUUUUUCCACUACGCAUUUGAAGCGCUCAUGGUCAGUGGAACGCGCGGCACAUUACUGACCUACAGUCAAUGGAGCAUUUCUCUCGACCCGCCAGAGCAAAUCCCAGGGGAAGUAUUGCUGCGGAGGUCCGGUCUGGAUGCAAGCCAUCUCAGUCGAGACUGCUGGAUAUUGUUUGCGAUGGCUCUCGGUUAUGGGUGUUUGGCGUAUUUCAUCUUGGCGUUGAGCAUACACAGCUCAGUACGAGUAAAAUGUCGACGGCAGCGGUCGCUUCCCCUUCUCCAUGGCCUCAACCUCUCGCCGACAACAAGCAGGAAUGCCAGCAACAUUCGCGCAAAGUCUGACAUCUUCCCCCCCUCCAGAACUUGAGACGACCUUGAGAAAGCAAGUUCAUGUUCACACUUGCCCCUUUCAGAAAGAAUUUGGCUGUAUAGAAGGUCAGAUACAUCCUCAGCGAGUCCUACCGUGUGUACAUAUGGCCUAAACCGAAAGAAGCUGAAUGAACAGAACACAACAAA